UAGCUAAUCAAACAAAUGGACAAAUUACAGUUAUACUUGCUUCCAUUUUACCAACUUUAUUUUUUAUUGCAAGCUCUCUUGGAAUAGUAGGAUAUAUAAUGUACAAAAGGCAUCUGAAAUGCAAACAGAUAUCACAAAUAGUUGAACAAGAAUUACCAAUUCCUGAUACAGAAUUGGCAACUUUACGAGAAUUACCUUUAAAUGGAAAUUUUGUACAUCAAACAAAUGCUUUAUAUUCUAUUGGUGAUAUUCCAACAGAUGAGGAACUUGCAAUGUUGCCACAAAUACGUAGAGAGCAAAUUAUAUUAACAAAAUUUUUAGGUAGUGGAGCAUUUGGAGAAGUAUUUGAAGGAAUUGCUCAUGAUUUAAAUGGAGAAAAUGAACCACCUGUUAAAGUAGCUAUUAAGACCUUACGUAAAGGAGCUACAGAUCAAGAAAAAGCAGAAUUUUUAAAGGAAGCAAAAUUAAUGAGUAAUUUCAAGCAUGAACAUAUAUUACAAUUAUUAGGAGUUUGUCUAAAUAAUAAUCCCAAUUUUAUAAUUUUGGAACUAAUGGAAGGAGGAGAUCUACUGACUUAUUUGCGUUCACAUAGACCAUCAAUUUUUACAUCUAAUCCAUUAAAUCUGGAAGAUCUACUUUCAAUAUGUGUUGAUGUAGCAAAAGGUUGCAAAUGCUUGGAAGAAAUGCAUUUUGUACAUAGGUAAGUACUUUAAUAUUGUUAUUUUUAAGCUUCAGAAAGUUAA